CACAAAGGCGGAAUUUUUGAGAUAAGCGACCCGCUCUUGCACCGCCUAAAGUCUUAGUUUCAUUCCGUAUAUCGGUGGUAAUUCACUUUGCGACGCUCACUGGCAAUACCAUCAGGCAGUUUUUUUGGGCCGCCGUCGUCAAUAUCAAAAUGGGUGCUGUUAGGAAAAUCAAGACCAAGCGCAGGACCAGAGAUUAUGAUCAGGUCCGCGCUGAUAUCCAAUCCUCCAAGCACCUUUCGCAAUACAAAGCUACCAAAGAUGAGGAGGAUCUGCCAGGUCUAGGCAAGCACUAUUGCGUCGAAUGCUCGAAAUGGUUUGAAAGCGAAUUCAACCUGGUCGGCCACAGGAAGGGCAAGAACCACAAGAGAAGACUUCGCAUCCUGCGCGAAGAAGCUCAUACACAAAAGGCCGCUGAGGCUGCUAUCGGCUUGGGUACAGACAAUGGCGUGAGGUCGCGUGAGACCGUGGUCGAAAUGGAAGAUUAGAUCCCAUCGUUGAGGUCAAAUCGGCCUUUACAGUGCUCGUCCGACUGUCAAUGCGAAGCAGGAUAGCCCCCAAAUCGUCUGUGAGAGCUCUCCUGGCAGGGUAUCUUAUCAAGGGGCUCGACAAAAUUUUCGCGCAUCUACGCCUAUUUGCCGUCGUUGUUUCACGGACGAUAUUACUGGCUGCGCGCGGACGAAAAGUCACCCAAUCAGCGAAGGGCCAAAAUCGCAGGAUAACACGUGAAACCACAUGUUCCGAAAACCGCCAGUGGGGGUGUGAGAUUCCGGAGUACGCCGGUUCCGUUCUGCGGUAACACGAUCAAAACUGCCGUUUCUCGGAGCAUCGUAUAGCUGGGUCCCACUUCAUCGGACACGGCCCCUUUAGAGCGAAAUUAAUUUACAAGCUGCAGUAAUACAGCACUUUCAUCGAGAUGCGUAUAUUCUGGCGGAAUGCUCCGUACUCCGUAGAUGCUCUAGAU